GGAGCUUUUAGUGUCGCGAUUUGGGUGUCACUAAAAUAGACACCAAGUUAAUGGAAGAACGGUGUCAGAGUGUUUGAUUUAUUUUUUCCAAAAGCUCAAUUUUGCGCGGUUUUGAGUUUUUUUUAGGACUUUAAAGUUCGGAUUUUUUUGUGUAAAUUUGAUUUUUUGAAUUCAUUUGAAAAAUGACCCUGCAGAAAAUCCUGUCGCUGGUGUUCUUGGCUACCGUAACCUACGCAAAACCACAAUCGUACCAUCAGGACUUGUUUUUGCAAAGAAUAAGUCCAAGUCCUCAGGGAUCUGGUACUAUCUAUGGAGGUACCAUUAUAGAUAACCACCUGUAUAACCAAGCCCCUGGUAGAAACUCGAUACCCAUUUCAUCUUCACCGGGAUUCAGUACCCAACCUCAAGUAGCAGCACCCAUUCAGUUUAAUGGAGGAUAUUCUGGAGGUUUUGGAGGUGGUUCUGGUUUUCAAUUUAGUCAGAGUUACAAUCCAGUACCUCAGCCUCAAGCCGUCCAGGAUCCAGCUACCUUAGGCUGCGGACAACCUCCAGCUUUUUGCCCAAAAACAAGAUACCGUUCCUACGAUGGAUCUUGCAAUAAUUUAAGAAAUCCAGGUUUGGGAAUUCCGCAGACCACAUACAACAGAUUGUUACCCGCUAAGUAUGGAGAUGGAAUCAGUACUCCCACCGCUGCUAAAAGUGGAAAUGCCCUUCCUAGUGCAAGAACUGUCUCUGUCACUGUAUACCCAGAUGUACCUAUUGAAGACCCUAUCUGGACUCUAAAUGCUAUGCAGUAUGGACAAAUUAUUACUCACGAUAUGAGUAUGAUUGUUGGUAGUACCCAAACUCAGCCCCAUUCUACUCGUUGUUGUUCCCCUGAUGGUCAGCUAUUAGAACUUGCCAAUAGUCCUGAUCAUUGCUUCCCAAUUGUAGUACCUAUUGAUGAUCCCGUUUAUUCUCAACAAAAUACUAGAUGUAUGAAUUUUGUAAGGACUAUUACUGAUAAGGAUAGAAGAUGUAUUGGAGAUCAUCAACCAGCUGAACAGCUUACUGCAGUAAAUCACUAUUUGGACCUUUCCAUCGUCUAUGGCAACAGCGAUCAAGUCAACCAGCAAGUCCGUGCUUUUCAAGGUGGUAGACUCAUCUCAGAGCAGAGAAAUAACCAAGAGUGGCUACCCAGAAACCAAAAUGCUUCAGGUGUUUGUACUCUUCUGGAUCCUAAUGAGCCUUGCUAUGCUGCUGGUGACGUAAGAGUUAACCAAAACCCUCAAUUAACUUUACUACAAACUUUACUUCUAAGAGAACACAAUAGAAUUGCUGAUACUUUACAAAAACUAAACCCUCACUGGGAUGAUGAGACUACCUUCCAAGAAGCUAGGAAGAUCAACAUUGCUCAACAUCAACAUAUUUCUUACUAUGAAUGGUUACCUAUCUUUAUCGGUACAGAAAAUUCUCUGAAGAAUAGAAUUUUGUAUAAGACCAAAGAUUACGUGAAUGAUUAUGAUCCAAGUGUUAAUCCUACUAUUUUGAACGAGCAUGCAACCGCUGCUUUUAGGUUUUUCCAUACACUUAUCGCUGGACAGUUAGAUUUAGUAAGUGAACAUAGGAACAGCUACGGCAAUAUCAGAAUUAGUGACUGGUUCAAUAGACCAGCCAUCUUGGAACAAGGUAACUCAUUUGAUGAACUCACACGAGGAUUGGGAACCCAACCAGAGUUGGCUGCUGAUUUUUACCAUACCAGAGAAAUUACGCAAAACUGGUUAAGGCAACCUGGUCAACAAGUCGGUCAAGAUUUAAAAGCAAUUUGUAUCCAAAGAAACAGAGAUCAUGGUUUGGCUUCAUACAAUGAUUACAGACACUUCUGUGGACUUCCAAAGGCUCAUUCUUUCCAAGAUUUCUCAGAUGUAAUAUCCAAAGAUAAUGUAGAAAGGUUAGCAUCACUUUACGAGCAUCCAGAUGAUGUAGAUCUCACAGUAGGUGGAUCUCUGGAAGCUAUUGUACCGGGAACAUUAGCGGGACCAACAUUCCUUUGCAUUUUAACCGAGCAGUUCUUCAGGACUAGAGUUGGCGAUCGAUUCUGGUAUGAAAAUUCCGGUGAAAUCGGUUUUACCCUGCCGCAACUUAAUGAGCUUCGAAAGGCGUCGAUUUCCAGAAUAAUGUGCGAUAAUACCGCAAACGUUAGGGCCAUGCAACCAAGAGGUUUUGAAAGAAUUUCUCACACAAAUGCCGUUGUACCUUGUGAGGCUUUACCUGUAGUAGAUCUUUCACUGUGGAAAGACCUUAAUGGUGGAGGUGUUGCAGCUCAUUUACCUAGUACAGGAUUUGCAGAUGAUUCAUCAUUAUAUUUUAAGAAAUAAGUUAAAAAGUUUAAAUUAUUUAUUCCGAAAGAUUGAAGAACGUUUUAGCUUUCAAAACCCCUUAAAUAUUUAAUACCGAUAUAGAACAAUUAUUAUAAGCAUAGUAUUUUUCUAUUCUAAUCUGAUGACAAGUCUACAUGCCAUAAUAGGUGAAGAUUUAAAUUUACAUAUUAAAUGUUUAUUAGAUAUAAAUAGUAAAUGUUAAAAAAGGGAUUUAAUAGGAAAAGCUUAUUUUUACAUUAGUUUUUUACCAUUGUAAAUAUUUAAGUGUAUAUGUCUCAACAUUAAAAAAAAUAUAAUAAGUGAUGUACAUAAUACCUAAUAAUAUAAUAUUUAUAUUUA